UCCAAGUCUCUUUCGUCAGUUCAUGUGUCGUUCUAGUUUAAUAAAGCCUUGUUUUAGGUUACUCUUCAGUGUUCCUUUAUUUCUUAUUACAAUUUAUUAAACUAGAAAUUUUCAAUUCCAUGGAUCUAUGUGCCUCACGUAUCUUUUUUGGAUUUUCGUUCAACACUAUUCUCAGUCUGUAAGUAAAAGUAGUAAUACAAAUGGAACGUCUAUUUAGGCCAAAAGAGCUAGACAUAGAGCCUAGCUCGCCAUCGGCUGCCGAGAAGUGGCUGCACUGGCUGAGAACAUUUGAGAAUUUCAUCUCCUCAGUCUCUCAUUGCGAGAUUGACAAAAAGAAAUUACUAGAAAACUACGUUUCUUCGAGCGUAUUUCAGUACAUAAGUGAGUGUACAACGUUCGAAGAAUCAAUCAAAGUUCUACAAAAUGUCUACGUGAAGCCUAAAAGCGAAAUUUUUGCACGGCACAUGAUAACUCUUUGUCGACAAGAGAACGGACAAACCGUUGACUCCUUCCUACUUAAGCUUAAAAGUAUGGCCAAAGACUGUGACUUCAAAGCUGUCACCGCUGAAGAACACAGAGAUAUCUUUGUAAGAGACGCCUUCAUUACUGGACUGGCUUCAAACAGCAUAAGGCUGCGACUCUUAGAGAAAUCUACUCUAACUCUACAGUGCGCCUAUGAAGAGGCAAGACAACUUGAAUAUGCCCAUAACCAUGCCAUGGCGUAUAACAUCUGCUCUGAAACUCCCUGUGGAGCUAGCGCCGACGAGGAGAGCCUUUCUCCAAUGACAAAAGUAGAACACGAGGUGAGUGCGGCGACUAGUAAAAGAUGUUUCUUUUGUGGAAACAGCCCACAUCAACGCUUUAGAUGUCCGGCCCGUGACGCUACAUGCAACUUGUGCGGUAAGAGGGGCCAUUUCCAGAAAGUCUGUAAAUCGACCAGACAGACACUCAAAUCUACAACCUCAGCCAUAGUGAAAGCAGAUGAUGACACGUCUCGGACUACAACCGUUGGAUCUUCCUGGGCAUCGACACCAGCGUCCGGUCUUACUAAAUCUACUAUUUCAAUACUCGUCAAUGGAGUACCAUUGAAGGCUCUCGUAGAUACGGGGAGCAGUGAAAGCUAUAUAUCUUCUUCAAUUGCUAAAAGGUACAAAUGGAAAUUAGAAACGUCCAGAAACAGAAUCUACAUGGCCUCUACACAUCUUUCUCGCACUACUCACGGCCAUAUUUUCGCUAAAAUAAAGUACAAAGAUGAACAAUAUGAAAGUGUUAAGCUCUCACUACUAGAUGGACUAGUAUCUGAUGUAAUCUUAGGGCUAGAUUUCAUCAGCCAGCACGAAAAACUGAUGAUCCCAUUUGAAGGAAAACGAAGCACUCUCCAGGUCUGUACGCUGAAAGCUGCACGAGUUGAAGCCCCUCGCCUCUUCGCUAAUCUGGCUCCUAACUGCCAUCCCAUAGCCACUAAAUCUAGAAAAUAUUCUAUGCCUGACUCCAAAUUCAUUCAAACUGAAAUCAAGAGACUUCUAUCUGACAAAAUUAUUGAGCCUUCCACGUCCCCGUGGCGAGCCCAGAUAAUUGUAACAACGAAUGAAAGGCACAAAAAGAGAAUGGUUAUCGACUAUAGCCAAACCAUCAAUCGAUUCACUUACCUCGACGCGUAUCCCGUGCCAAAAGUGGAUGAACUGGUGCAGGAAAUAUCUAAAUACUCAAUGUACAGUACAUUUGACCUCAAAAGCGCUUACCACCAGAUACCUAUCAGGGAUGAUGAAAAGCAGUACACGGCGUUCGAGGCUGGCGGAAAGCUUUAUCAGUUUUGCCGCAUUCCUUUUGGAGUGACAAACGGAGUCGCCGCAUUUCAAAGGACGAUCAACACAAUAAUUGAGGAGGCAGGGCUACAGGACACGUUCGCUUACGUGGAUAACGUUACCAUCUGCGGACUUGACUCCAUUAGCCACGACGAGAAUCUACAGAGAUUUCUCAAUGCCGCUAAAAAGUACGGUAUCACCUUCAACAAUGAUAAAAGUGCUAUUGCGACUAAUAAAGUAUGCCUCCUAGGCUUCGAAAUCUCACAAGGGCAAUUAAGACCAGACCCCGAAAGAUUUCAAGCAUUGAGAAACCUACCUCCACCACAAGACAUGAAAUCACAAAAGCGGGUGAUUGGACUACUGUCCUAUUAUUCUCAAUGGAUCCCAAAUUUCUCCAACAAGAUCCAUUUAUUGGUGAACAACAAAGCCUUUCCUCCCCCUGAACAAGUACAACAAGCUUUUAAACAGCUAAAACACGAACUUGAAAACGCUGCUGUGUCGACGAUAGACUACAAUCGACCACUAACAGUCGAAACAGAUGCCUCUGACAUUGCGAUUGCCGCCACUCUUAAUCAAGACGGCCGUCCUGUCGCCUUCUUUUCAAGAACACUCACUAAUAGUGAACGCAGACACUCAGCAGUGGAAAAGGAAGCAUACGCUAUCGUAGAAGCUCUGAGAAAAUGGCAACAUUACCUUAUCAGUAGACCCUUCACAUUGGUUACAGAUCAACGCUCAGUGUCUUUUAUGUUUGACCAGCAGAACAAGGGCAAGAUCAAAAACGAAAAGAUUCAAAGAUGGCGACUGGAGCUUAGUUGUUUCCAAUAUGACGUCGUAUAUCGACCCGGGAAACAAAACGCUGCGGCGGAUACCUUUUCAAGGAACCACUUUGCGUCAGCAAUGACUGGAGAAGACCUCAAACUGUUACACAACAACCUCUGUCACCCAGGGGUCACGAGACUCCUCCAUUUCGUUCGGACCAAGAACUUACCUUUUUCCUGCGAGGACGUCCGCAAAGUGGUAAACCAAUGUAAAACUUGCGCUGAACUGAAGCCUAGAUUCUUCAAACAGUUUUCAGGCACCCUCAUCAAAGCUACCCAACCAUUUCAGAGAGUAAGCAUUGAUUUUAAGGGGCCACUCCCAGAUUCCAUUUCAUUUGCUGAAUCUCGCCCACAUAUAUCUGUUGUCUGGUCAGUUGAUGACGUCAAUGCUUGCUCGAGGCUCAAUAAACUUUCGUGUGUCUGCAGCUUCAUGACAAGAAUCCUAAAUAGAUUGUGGUUUGAUUUCAGUUGUUCAAAUCUCUGCUACAAGGAUUGA